AGUUUGAGUGAAUAUAUUAUCAGAUACAAUUGUUUGAACAAAAAAUGGAAAUUGCCAAAACAUGAACUUUCAAUACAAUUUUAGAGAAAUUGGGUAGACAAAAUCGUAAUGUAUUUUAUGAGACGUAAUACUGACUUCAAGUCAAUUUGCACAUUUGUUAGGUUUUAUAGUGUGGCUAAAAAGAAUUAUUAUGAAAUACUCAAUUUACGCAGAAAUUGCACAGACAAAGAAAUUAAAGAUGCUUUCAUUCAAAUGAGUAAAGAAUAUCAUCCAGACAAAAAUAAGGAUGUAAAAGCACAAGAGAAAUUUGUCAGUGUUGUGGAGGCCUAUAACGUCCUGGGGAAACCAUGCAGUCGUGCACAAUAUGAUAGUAUGUUUACUGUGGAGUCAUCACAUUCUACCAACACAGCAUAUGUUUACAGAACUCAUGUGCCAUACAAUUUACGAAACAACCCCAAAUACAGUUAUUAUUAUGAACAUCAAAAGACAUCAAAUACAAAUGAACAAGCAAAGCCACAGGGAGUGACAGUUAAGAAAUUGCCAAACUAUAUUAUCAUUAUGAUGUGCUUUGGGGUCGCUUUAAUUGGAGUUAUUUUGCAGGUCUAUGUCAUCAGAGAGAUGUAUCUAAGUGGUAGCCGACAAUCUAUGGAAAGGUCUAAGCAUUUAGCAGAAGAAUUGGACAGGGUGCGAGGUACUGCACAUGGAAAGACCAAUGAGGAACAAACACGCAUGUUAUUGGAUAAAAUAGUGACAGCUGCAAACCCUACAGUGGCGACGGCUUCCCUUGGACAGGCACUGGCCAGCGAGAAAAAAUUUCAGAGUGAAUCGCUGUCAACAGAUAUUGAUGUACUGGACGAGUCUUACAAUUCGGCGAUGAGGCAAAGCAUGAAGGAAUGUCUAACAGACUUCUCUUUUAAAAGUUGGUACUAAAUAUAAAAGUGAUUACCAUGUCCUUUGUAAAUAUAACGUACCGUAAUAAAAAUAAAAUU